AUGUUGAAUACUAAUGUCCCCUUUGAUCAGAAUUGAAAUGAAUAGCGGGAUACUUGGCUGUGUUUUAGGCUGAUAACAUAUUAUAUUUUUGGUUAAUUAGGUAUGGCGCUUAUUAUAAAGGGAUCAAUUAAGUUAUACCAUUAUUUAAAUGAAGAUAUCGCUGAUGAAAGGACACGAGACUGGUUCCUAAUUGGUUCGCCAUGGCCUGCCUUAGCAUUGAUAAUAUUCUAUUUAUUUACUGUACUGAAAUGGUUGCCAAACUAUAUGAAGGACCGACCAGCAUACGAUCUUCGGAAUGUUAUAGCAAUAUAUAACGCAUUUCAGAUAGCAUUCUGCGCAUAUGUGGUUUACUAUAGCCUACGCCUUGGUUGGUUAACUAAUUACUCUCUGGUUUGCCACCCAGUGGACGACGGACCUCACAGUAUUGACUACGCCUGGAAAGUUUGCUACGGAUAUUUCAUUAUAAAAGUUAUCGAUUUGCUUGAUACGGUGUUUUUCGUAUUGAGAAAGAAACAAAAUCAAGUAUCAUUCCUCCACGUGUACCAUCACUUUGGUAUGGUCGCCGUCGCCUGGGGAAUGGUCAAAUGGGUGCCAGGUGGUCAUAUGACAAUGUUGGUUCCUAUCAACUCGUUCGUCCAUAUCGUUAUGUACUUGUACUAUUUGCUGACGACAUGUAAUGAAUCGUACAAGAAAUCUGUUUGGUGGAAGAAACACGUCACACAACUACAAAUAGUGCAGUUCACAAUAUUACUGAUCCACUUUAUCGUCCUCGCAGUGGCACCGGAUUGUCCGUUCCCACGACCGCCCGCCUAUAUCCUCAUUCCUCAAAACCUCUUUAUGGUUAUACUCUUUAGCGAUUUCUACUACCGCACUUAUAUAAAACCUAAUAAAGUGAAAAAAGAAAACUGAACGUCUUAUAAAGUAUAACGUCUUAUAAGUUAAUAAAUUAUAUUAAAUACUAUUUUUAAA